AUGUCUGUCGUCUCGCUUCUCGGCGUCGAGGUCAAGAACAACCCCGCGCGCUUCGACGAGCCCUACGAGUUUGAAAUCACAUUCGAAUGCCUCGAGCAACUACAAAAAGAUCUCGAAUGGAAGCUGACCUAUGUUGGCUCCGCGACCUCAAACGAGUAUGACCAGGAACUCGACUCGGUCCUUGUUGGGCCUUUGCCAGUCGGUGUCAACAAGUUCCAAUUCCGUGCCGAUCCCCCGGAUCUAUCGCGCAUUCCCAACAGCGAAAUCAUUGGUGUCACCGUCAUUCUGCUCAGCUGCAGUUACGAUGAGCGCGAGUUCGUCCGUGUCGGAUACUACGUGAACAACGAGUACACAGAUGAGGCGCUCGCUCUAGACCCUCCCACCAAGCCUGUCAUCGAGAAGGUGCAGAGGCAAAUUCUUGCCGAGAAGCCACGAGUCACCCGAUUCGCCAUCAAAUGGGACUCUGAAGAGUCUGCGCCGCCCGAGUUCCCCCCGGAGCAGCCAGAGGCCGACCUCACUGCCGACGGAGACCAGUACGGUAUCGAGGAGGAGGAAGAGGAAGACGAGGGUGUCGAGGGUGCCGCUGCCGAGGGUGAUGAUGCUGCCAUGGCAGGUGCCGAGGACACUGCCGGCCCCGUCAACGACGACGAUGCCGAGUCUGAGGCUGGUAGCGAGGAGAUUGACAUUGAAGACUCGGAAGAUGACGAGGAGGAGGAGGGCGAGGAGGGCGGAGACGACGACAUGGAAAUGGAUGAGGCCGAGCCAAGUGCUGCCAGCGGUGACAAGGCAGCCGGCCAACAGUCUGGCGGUGCUGCACAACAACAGCAUGGCGCAGAUGUCAUGGUGCACUAA